CAGGAAGUCUCGGUUCAUUCUUGUGAGGGCCAGCAACGCGAAAGAGAUCGAGCGCUGGUGCAGGGUUCUUUUAUCUCGUAUAAUGCUAUUGACGCUGCCAAGAAUACACCGUGUGAGCCUAGUGGAAAUCGAUGCUCCAUCCCGUCAGAUGUGCCAUUUAUGUCUUCCGAGCCAACAAUAGCUAAAGUCCCGGGAAAGAGUGGAAUGGACGGUCUCGGUAUUCAAGGAAACACAAACCAGGCCCUCGUUAACUGGGAGAACCUGGUGACAGAUUUCGAUGGGAGUAACGCACCAAGCGCGAUACACAUACAGCAUGCAUCUGACUUAGAGUCAAUGGAGCGGGCAAUCGGAAUUCUCCAGAAGCAGAGGCAGACCUUAAACCAAAGGGCGGAAGAAAUAUUUUCAGAGGUAAUGGAUCUGUACAAAUAUGGAGUCCUACUUGAACUGUUCCAGGAAGAUCAUACCUUCCUGCAUCAACUUGCAGCUACUAAACAGCAUUUUCAAUGUCUCACCUAG